GAUUUGUGGGGGGCAUCCGACUCGACUUCAUGGUGGCCUCGGCCACCCACGCAUUACUCGAUGUCCGAUCCCGCCCAAGCAAUUGUCCGCUCAGGUGGGAGACAGGAUCCAAUAACUGUCCAUAGCGACUCGCGGAAUUGGUUGUCUGAGACAACCAUGAGUCCACUGUGCCGCAGAGACAGUAUGGCUGAGGCGAACGCGGCUCCCGGAGGGCAAUUCGCACCCGGAAGGCUAGCGAAGGUCAGGGCCAUACAACGGAACACCAACAUAUCCAGCAACGGGCACGAUGGGAAUGAUUUCCCGAUAGAACCACCGUUCGCUGCAGCUAUACCAGUGUCCACUGCCGGACCUUAUGCUUCGCCAGCUUGCCUUGCUACAUCCAUGGACAAUCGAACGCCGAAUAAAAUGAUGGUAAUUUCGGCGAGGGGACGGACAAAGACUCGAGACCCAACGAGAGAGCGUGACGACGCUAGACCACAUAUCUGCGCGAAGCAUCGCACGGCCUAUCGUCAUCAUGGAGAUCUGGUUCGACACGAGCGGACAACCCCCGGUCACACGGCAUACCAGGGCCCUGUCACCUGUGUCUGUCGACGGGAGUAUUCUCGUCGAGAUGGGAUGUACAAGCACUUGAAGACCAAAAAGUGCACCGGCCCUCCUCGUUCUUGG